AUGACAGCUCCAGUAAAAUGUAAUGUAACUUCAACUGUUACACAACAGGAUCCGCAAAAAGAAACGACAAAAGAUUUUUAUAAAACAUGUAAUUUACCACCGAGAUGGGAUAGACCUUAUUGGUUUACCGGAUAUGGAUGUCAACAAGUUCCACUUCCUCAUCCGUUUUACAGAUCGACUUACAUGGAUUACGGAUGGUAA